UUAUAGCAUCAAGUUUCAAGACAAGAAUAGAGAGAAAAACAACAUUGAAAUCUUGUAUAUUUUUAGGUGUUUUUUCUUAAAGAAAGAUGGAGAGAGAUUGAGUCAUUUAUAAUUUGCGCUCCUCCAUGAUGAAAUAUCUUUACCAUCUUACUUGUGGAAGUUCAACCAUGUAAAUCUUUGUGUUGCUUUUUGUGCAUGUCCCUUUCUUUCCAUUCUCCAUUUCUUCUUAGUUUGUUACCUGUUUCUUGUUGUGACUCAACAUUAUCCAAUGUCAAGCUGCACAACACCAAUCAAACACGCAGAUAAAAAAAUGCAUGUUGCCGUCUUUGCAUUCCCUUUUGGUUCUCAUGCUCUCUCUCUCAUUGAUCUAGUGCUGAAGUUAGCGAGGGUUGCCCAGGAAACGAGAUUUUCCUUUUUUAACACCGAAAAAUCCAACAAUUCGAUCUUCUUAGCAUCAAGAACCAACCUACCUGGUAACAUUAAAGCCUACAAUGUAGCGGAUGGCGUGCCGCUGAAUCAUGUUUUCUCUGGACAUCCAAUAGAAAGAGUCGAGCUAUUCAUAAAGGAAACGCCGGAGAACUUUCAGACGGCAUUGGACAUGGCAGUGGCGGAAACUGGCCAAAAAAUAAGUUGCUUGCUAACAGAUGCGUUCUUGUCCUUUGCUGGAUCAAUCGCUGAGAAUUUGAGCGUUCCUUGGAUUCCUGUUUGGACCCCAGUGCCUCAUUCCCUCUCUGCACAUAUUUAUACUGAUAUGAUUCGCCAACGCUACGCCAAUUCUCUUAUUCAUGAUGGCAGCAACAGUGGCAGAGAUGGCAACGAUGUAGAGCUUGAAGACCAAACUUUGGAAGUUCCAGGAUUAUCUCAAUUUCACAUUGCAGAUCUGCCUGCUGAAGUGUUACCAAGAGAUGCACAAGAAACACUCUUUUCUUGCAUGUUAGGCCAAAUUAGACACAUGGUGCCAAAAGUAGAUACUCUAGUUCUGACCUUUUACCAAGAGCUCUACUCUGAACCCCACUUAAGCGAUCUCAAAUCCAAGUUUUCGAACUUGCUUAAUGUCGGCUUUAUUAGCCUAUCCAUGCCACCACCAUCGUUGCCACCUUCAACUGAAGAUGCCACAGGUUGUCUAUCAUGGUUGGAUAGUCAAAAGGCUAAGUCUGUGGCGUUUAUCAGCUUUGGAACUGUAGUGAAUAUCCCUCAUAGUGAGAUAGAAGAGCUAGCAGAGGCUCUUGAAGUUUGUAGAAUUCCAUUCCUUUGGUCUCUUAGGGACAACAUGAGGGAUUGCUUGCCGAAUGGGUUCCUAGACAGGACUAUCACGCAUGGAAAGGUGGUUCCAUGGGCACCUCAGAUUCAAGUAUUGGGACAUAGCUCAAUUGGCGUGUUUAUGACACAUUGUGGAGCUAAUUCUGUGUAUGAGAGUAUUGCAAAUGGGGUUCCAAUGAUCUGUAGACCAUUCUUUGCGGAUCAUAAGUUGAUUGCAAGAUUAAUAGCGGACGAUUGGAGAGUUGGUGUGAGAAUUGACGGGGGUGUUUUCACAAAGACUGGAGUUGCCAAGAGCUUGGACCUCAUCUUGGAACGUGAACAAGGGAGAACAAUUCGGAGCACAGUCCAAGCCCUUAAAGAGCUUGUAUUGAAGGCAUCUGCACCUGGUGGCCGUGCUACACAAGAUUUCAAGAUUUUGGUGGAAAAGAUCACAUCGGUGUAACGCAUCUUGUAUGGUAAAUUUGAAAGCAUUAAUGUGGUAAGCAUUUGAGAGUUUCGAUAAUAUAUGAUCAUAUGAUGAAUAUCCUUCCAUGAUGAAAGUGUUAAAUGUAAUUUGUAAUGUUCAAUGUCUUUUAUUAUUAGCUUUUAUUGUUCUUGUUC